AUGAAGAUGAGAACAACUGAAAUCUUUAAAAGUUUCCAGUUGUCCGGGGGGUCCAAUCCAGAGUGUGCGCCCAACCGCCACCGAGCGCUCCCUAGCAGAUUCACACGUCUGCUCAGUCCAAGCGUCCGCAGGGUGGAAGUCGGGUUCAAGCUGGACGAAGAAGAGGAGAGCGGGCCCGGCGGCCCGGCUUUCGUGCUGAGACACAGAACUUCCAGCCAUGCAGAGCACACUGCGGCGGAGCCUGCGAGAUCUUCCGCCGCACUCACCUCAGGUUCUUCAAAUGAACACCUCAGCACCGAUCUGUGCCACUCACACAAUGGGUCCCUCCCGACGUGCGACGAGGAGAGAAUACAAGAGGAGGAAGAUGUCAAGGGCGAGCGAGAAGAGAGGAGUAGCGACGAAGGCUUCAUGGGAAUGACGCCGCUUCUUCAGGCUCACCACGCCAUGGAGAAGAUGGAGGAGUUUGUACACAAGGUGUGGGAGGGCCGAUGGCGCGUCAUCCCUCACGACGUGCUCCCCGAUUGGCUGAAGGACAACGACUUCCUUGUGCACGGCCACAGGCCGCCCAUGCCUUCCUUCCGCGCCUGCUUCCGGAGCAUCUUCAGGAUCCACACCGAGACAGGCAAUAUCUGGACACAUCUGCUAGGCUGCCUGUUUUUCCUCUGCCUGGGCCUGAUGUACAUGUUCCGACCCAACAUGUCGUUCGUGGCACCGGUCCAGGAGAAGGUGGCUAUCGGCAUGUUCUUCCUGGGCGCCAUCCUCUGCCUGUCCUUCUCAUGGCUCUUCCACACAGUCUACUGCCAUUCGGAGGGCGUGUCCAGGGUCUUCUCCAAGUUGGACUACAGUGGCAUCGCCUUCCUGAUCAUGGGCUCGUUCGUACCGUGGCUCUACUAUUCCUUCUACUGCUCUCCUCAGCCGUGCUUCAUCUACCUGCUGGUGGUGUGCGUGCUGGGCCUGUCCGCCAUCAUUGUAUCCCAGUGUGACUUUUUCGCCACGCCGCAGUACCGAGGGGUCCGCGCAGGUGUGUUUGUGGGCUUGGGGCUGAGCGGCGUGGUCCCCACUCUCCACUUUGUCAUCAGCGAGGGCCUCAUCAGAGCCACCACCAUGGGACAGAUAGGCUGGCUUUUCCUCAUGGCCACGCUUUACAUCACCGGAGCCUGCCUGUACGCCGCUCGUAUCCCAGAGAGGUUCUUCCCCGGCAAGUGUGACAUCUGGUUCCACUCUCACCAGUUGUUCCACAUUCUGGUGGUGGCAGGCGCGUUUGUCCACUUCCACGGCGUCUCCAACCUGCAGGAGUUCCGCUACACAGCCGGAGGAGGUUGCACUGAUGACAGAAUGCUCUAACACACGCCGCGUGUUCACACCUUACUACAGGGAGCCGGCCAGCGCUUGCUUCUUAAUAAUGAUGCACACACUCGCUGGCCUCCCUCCCUCCUCAGAGGAGGACAAACGUGGCUUGUCAUGUCGUGGGGCGGCCUCGCACGGGGCACCAAUUCAAAACUGACGCGUUCGCCACUUUUUGAGAGGUCUGCUAAUUGCUAGCUAGAACCUCUGGACAUUAACAAUCCAUUUCUUCUUGGAGAUUUUCAAGAUUUUUAUCGCAAAGGAAGCAUAAAUUUUCUAUAAAAUAUUUUUUGGGGAGGGUGAGUUUUUGUUUGUUAGAAAGCAUUUUUUUUUCUAAUUCAAAGCUAAAGAGCAUUCAUAUUUAAAAAGUACUUGAAUAUCUUCCGUGAUUGUGGGGGUUACAAGGGGCUUCUUAGGGGUAUCGCUUUUAAAUAAAAUUAGGAACAAAAAAUAUAGCUGUGUUGGUGAGGAUGCGGUGCUACAGUGGAACUAUUUUUCCUACUUUAUGGAAUAUGCAAGGAAAAGCAUUGAAAAUGUCUCAGAUUUUCUUUUUUCUUUUCCAUCUCUCAUGUUUGCCGCACCUUCCAACUCAGAGCUCUUGCGAAUGUUUGCGCUCGAAACCAAAUCUAGAAUAAUAUGAAAGAAUAUUCUUAAUAUGUAGCCAUUUUUAUUCAUUUAUUUUCUCUCAAUACCGUCAUUUUUUUAUGCAUUUUAGUCAGAUUGAAAGCAAAACCAAAUAAAUCACAUUUAAAACGUCAACAUUAAAAGACAUCAGUAAACAACUCAAAUAUGACAUAAGGCUUCUAUUCUUUGAAUGAUUUCUUUAUUUUUUGUGAAUCUGUUUUUGACAUCAACGUGCUCUGGUAAUGAUUGAUGAGUCUUCAAAUAUCUAUUUGCUUUUGUCAUGAUAUAUUUUUAUUAUGUUUACCUUCUAUUAAUUUAUUGCAAGUGCGUUGUGAUGGGAAUGUUUGCUACAGAGAUCUUCAUAUCUGCUGUACUGUUCUAAUAAAGAUGAUUUGGUGAAUUGUA